UGCAGAAUCUGGAACUUAUGGGAACAGAUUUAACCACAAAGAAUGAAGAAAAUAACUUGCUAUUAAUUAAUGAGAUUACCAACAACGUAAAAGCGUUGAACAACAGUUUCAGAUUUUGACUAAGUAACCCCGCUACCAUUCCUCCCUUCCUGCGUAUAUCAAUCAUCAAAUCAACAUUGAUUUUUAAGAAGAAAAAAAGAAUAGAAUCUGAGAGAUUGUUUUCAUCAUGCGUAGUUGUUUGUAGAGCAAACCAAUCCGAGGAUAGAUAUGCCAAACCAGUUGCAGACAUCGCUGCAUGGUUACCUGUCAAAGAUCAAACGAGAGACAGGGAAGCUGCAACUCUCGUCUUCCCAUUCUUUCUCAUCCUCGAAGAAUUGGGUGCUUGGUAAGCAUCCCAAGAAGCUCUCCUUCUCCUUCAAGCACAGACGACGCAACAGCAAGACCAGGUUCAACAAAGACGAACCCGUUUACCAGGACUCCGCUCACGCCGCCACCUUGUCCGACAUUGACCGCUUUCUUGAGGAGAACUUCAAAUCCCUCUGCAUCCGAGACGACCAGGAGGUUGAGCAUGAAGACCACCGGUUGACAAAAAACAAGGAGAAAAGGGAGUCCCCACAAGACACUGAUGAUGAUGAUGAUGAUGAUGAUGAUGAUGAUGAUGACGACGACGUCUAUCGCCACAGAUUCGAGAGGACAUGGGGACCUGCCGUGUACGACUCCCCGAAACAGCCACCACGGAGAUUAGAGAAACUAUCUCCACCGCCUGGAUCAUCAUCCGAGGGCAGGCCUAGCUUGGAAACAACCUCAACUUCAGAGGAGAGACAAUCGAGAUCCACCUUGGUGCUGCCAGAGAACUGCAUCGCGGUCCUCAAAUACUCGGAUGAGCCGCAAGAUGAUUUCAGGCUGUCGAUGGUGGAGAUGUUGGAGUCCAAGUUAGGGAUGCGGGAGAGGGAAGUGGAUUGGGACUUGAUGGAAGAGCUACUCUUCUGCUAUCUAGAUCUCAACGACAAGAAGUCACACAAGUUCAUACUUAGCGCAUUCGUGGAUCUCAUCAUCGCCCUCCGUGAGAAGGAGAAGAGGAUCACCAGGAAAGGCCUUGUGAGGUCGCUCAGUACUCGCGCCGCCAGGGAGAGGCUGAAGAAGAGGAUGAUCAUGAGAGACAACUAACUCUUAUGCAAUAUGUAAUUUUCAUUCUCUUUUGUUACAGUUCAAAAACAAAACAGAAAGAAAUUGCUUUCUUCUUUAGUGUUACUUACAAAAAGAAUGAAGAGCAGAGUAACAAUGUUAA